CGAACUACCGAGGGCAGGGAGCCUCCCCAAGAGACCGACCGACGUCGAUAACAAGCCUCGAAGUCAUUCACAGGUUGGCGGUUUGUACGGGAAGAAGGGGGUAAGGGGUGAGCGCGAGCGCGUGCGUUGGUAUGCGGCGUGUGCGCGUGCCCCAGCACCGUGAUGCCUGCGUGCGGAUGACUGACGCGCUUCAACAGCCGUGGCGGCAGGGCCGCGCUUGCUGCACGGCACUCUACUGCACCACAGCGGCUAGGAGGUCUACCCGCAGUAGCAGCCUGGUCCGCACACUGCUGUAUAAAAGGCAAAUAUUCUCACAGCGCCUGCACAAGGUGGCUCGCCAAUUAAUCGCUGCUUUAGCUCGGCGAUGAACCAUAAAGACAAUUAAGAAUCUAAUAACCGUAAUCCAGUGUGCACACAAGAACGGGUGCGACGUAGAUGUGAUUCUACUUAUUUUUUCUGCCCAAACUAUUCGUGAUGUGUCGCAUAUGUGACAGGAUGCGACAAUGUUAAGCUAAUUUAAAAAAAAAAACGUUUUAAAAGUUUGUUCAUGAUCAAGAGAAAACACCUGUCAAUGAUCACAGACCUGCAAAGCUGGAGAAAGAUGACCUUUUUGUGAACAAGGCAGAUAUGUUCUAACAUAUGGAAAUAUUAUUAGCAGUUUGAUUGAAUUGGUUACUUGGAUCUUCCUUAAUGCCCUUAAGCCUUUUGUGAAACUUUUAUUCUCUUUACAUUGGGAUCUCGAGAAGACAUUCCAAUCGAAAAGGAUAAACAGAAAUUUCUCAGUUACAGGGAAAUGCAAAAUGCAGCGGUGAUUGAGAAACUCCUGGUGGAAACAAAGGUUCAAAGGAUAGAUCGCGGAAAUUUUUGAGAGUGAAAAUACAAUAAACGAAAGUCUGACGCACAAGAAUGACGAGUCACGACCCCUGCAACUCAAGUAGCUCCGCCAACCAGAGUGAUCAAAUGGGACCCGAGGAGGCAGACGACUACAACAAGGCCCUGGCUGCGGCGGUGAAGCACUAUGCCAUGGACCUGGGCAUCCCGCUGGUAGCCGCCCUGGGCUUGAUCGGCAACUUCAUGGCCCUGGUGGUUCUGACCAAGGAGAAGCUACACCGCUCUCUGUCCAAGAUGGAGAUCUCUGCCCACAUCGGCCUCAUCGCCCUGGCGGUAUCGGACUUACUCUUUUGCCUGCUUGUGCUUCUCGUCACCACGCUGCCUCUCAAGAAGUACUACGAGGCUGGCGAAUGGCUGUUGUACUACAACGUUGUCUCUGGCGGCCUCAUCACCGUAUUCAUCAUCUGCAGCACCUGGCUCAUCGUCGUCAUGGCCGCCGAGCGCUACGUGGCUGUGUGCCACCCACUCAAGGCGCGCAAUCUCAUCACUCUUCGGAGAACGCGAGCAUAUGUCAUAACGCUUUUUGUCGUCUGCCCCCUGUGUACCAUCCCAGUGUUCUUGGAGACAAGCAUCGAAACCACGGAGUGCCCCGACGGCCGCACCUUGUACCACCUUGGCCGUGCCCCGAAGGACAGCGUGGCGCUCCGACGAGCGGUGUGGGCUUUCUGCUUCGAUUUCCUGCCGUGCGUGGCGCUCGUCUAUUUCAACACUUGUCUCAUUUGGAAGAUCCACAAGGCCAAACAGCUGCGAGAAAAGAUGGCGCCACUCCAGUCCCGCGCCAGCUUCUCGUCCAGCUCUGUGAAAUCGGGGACGAGGUGGUUUCGGUGGGAGUGCAACAAGAAAAAGAGCCCUACAUCUCCCGGUGCCCAAUCGGGCAAAAGAAAGGUCCUGGUAUGCAUGGACAAGAAUGGGCGAAAUGUUAAGGGUGUUCAAAUGCACGACUUGCUGGAUUCGUCCGGGUCGCACGAGCAGUCGCAGUCCAACGCCAACUCCGCCGAUCCCGCGCGUGAGAUGCAGCUACUGUGCAAAGAGAACGGUAACUGUCAGCUGGUCCCAUCUUCGCCGCGUUAUCAACUGAGUACGACUAACACCAGUAACAGCCGCCAGUCGCGCUCGUUCAAGUCUCGACGGAGGUUCUCCGACAACGCCCUCAACAGUGUCACCGCUACUCUAGUCGCUGUGGUGCUGACGUUUCUCAUUCUUGUGUCACCGUGGGAACUGCUGAAAUUUGGACUGCAACACUCUUCCAUUGACCAGAACAAAAUGGACAUCGCCUUAAAUCUUACUAACUUCAUGCAGGUUCUCAAUUUUUCCUUUAACUUUGUUCUGUACUGCCUCGUAAACAAGUCCUUUCGAAGAACUCUGCGUAGUAUCUGUUGUUACCACUGCGAAGAAUAACGGUGUGUUAGGGAGAGAUAGACUGAAGGAACUACCGACGAUAAAAUGAAAGCAGAAAAAGACACUUUAAAAGCGUUGGAGACUUUCUAACCCCUUUCCUUGCUUCAGCUGUCUCAAUAUGCUAAAACAUGGCUGUAAAAAUGUCACUGCCAUUACGCAUUAUAAUCACCCGCCUUCCUCUUUACUGCUCAGUAUAUAGCCCAUUAACCCCAGGUGGAAUUGUCAACAAUGCAGGAGGAUAAAUGAAAGAUUAGGAGCAUGAUGAUGUCUUCUCAUUUAUAGCAGCUUGAACAUUAAUGUCAGCUGUUGGAGACUGCGAUAAUAUUCUAAUGUUUGUUGGACUUCCUUCAGCGUCCAUGCUUCUUUUUAAUGAGACUAUAUAAAGGGACAAAAAGAGAUGAGGACCUCAAAAUGGAGGGAGUUCGCUAAAUUUGGCAAAUUUUUGACGUGUCCCAGAAUGGAAAAAGACACCCAAGAGAACACUGCUAUGCUGGUGGAUGUUUAUCUCCCCUCAACUUCAUUCACGAAACUUCUCUGCGGAUGUGACAUAAGGUUGUGACACAGUUGGUUGAUGACCCGACGCAGUUAGUCUCCGGUCAGUCGCAGCCUUCAGAAACUAAACAUCAAGGGUCAAAGCAGAAUUAGCAUACUCGUUCUUGUGACUGCAAAUGUGUGGUGAAGCACUCCGUUAUAUGAUAAACAUACAGCUAAGGAUUGGCUUUGAGUCACGUGACAGUAAUGCGGCUAGCCCCACGUGAGGACAUGUCCACGUGACAAGACAUGAAUGAAAGAUUUCUAGCGUCACCAAGUUGUGGACUAACACUGGCGCGGUACCUUCAUUAUGGCUUUAAGGCAAUGUCAGAGAGACUGCACCCGUGUUACAAAACAUUUUGCACAAAGCUAAUAUGCGAGGUUUUUAUUAUUAUUAUUAUGAUAACUUUGCGACAGCAAAUUGUGUUUUCCUCCUCACUUUUUAUUUCACUGCGGCUAAAAAAAAAAAAGAAAAAAAAAAAGAACAUUCCAUUCCCAUCCCCAAAUAAUACGCGAAAAAUAAAAUCGGAAUAUAUUUA